UGGUGAGCGGCUCUUCUUGUAGCGCAGCGCCGCCCAGAGGAGCCCGAGACCCCGCUGCUUAUUGGACAAAAGUCGCUUGAAAGGACAGAGGGUGAUCCCCCCUCUGCUGCUCUGCUCUGGUUGGUCUGGCAGGAGUCUCCGCUCUUUCGUGGACAUAUAAAGGAGGUUUUUGAGCUGUCUGAGUCACAGUUUCUCUGAGUUUGUCAGAAAAAUCUAGUAAAAAUUAACCAUGUCAGGAAGAGGCAAAACCGGCGGAAAAGCCCGCGCUAAGGCAAAGACUCGCUCCUCUCGUGCUGGACUCCAGUUCCCAGUCGGUCGUGUUCACAGACUGCUGCGCAAAGGCAACUACGCUCAUCGUGUGGGUGCCGGCGCCCCCGUCUACCUGGCCGCUGUGCUCGAGUACCUGACCGCUGAAAUCCUGGAGCUGGCUGGAAACGCCGCCCGCGACAACAAGAAGACCCGUAUCAUCCCCCGCCACCUGCAGCUGGCCGUCCGCAACGACGAGGAGCUCAACAAACUCCUGGGCGGAGUGACCAUCGCUCAGGGCGGCGUGCUGCCCAACAUCCAGGCUGUUCUUCUGCCCAAGAAGACCGAGAAGGCCGCUAAGUCCAAGUAAACCACAUCAACUCCACAAACAAACAAACAAACAAAAGGCUCUUUUAAGAGCUACACACUCACUCUGAGAAACUGCUCAUCCUCCUCUUUUAAAUAAAUACAGUAAAACCAUAAAUCUUAAACAUAUCUAAUUUUUCACUGUCAAUCUGCGCGAUUUUCUCAGUCAUUAUUGCAUCAUCUAAAGUACCAUAAAAUGUGCACUCAAUAUAAUCAUCCUAAUUAGUUUUGACUAAUUUAGCAAAUUAAAUAUUCUGUCCAGAUACACACGAGAAAAUUGUAACCGCUAAACUACUGAGUUAUUACCAUUGUGACAUUUUGUAUUUCAGGUUUUUAGUAUAUUUAAUCUUUUCAUAUUUAUAUACUUGUAUACCAUGUUAGUAAUCGUACUUGAAAUGUCUGACGUAAUGAACACAAUAACUUCCUAAA